AUGUUUAGACAAUUCAUUCGUGUCCCUGCUAUUAGCGCUCGUGCCUUGACUCGUUCCAUUACUUUUUCUGCCGCUAACCAACCAAGGAUCAGAAUUGGAUCAAUUGCUCCGAAUUUUGAGACUGAAACCACUCAAGGCAAAAUCAACUUCCACGACUUCAUUGGAGAUUCAUGGACGAUUUUAUUCUCACAUCCCGCAGAUUUCACCCCUGUCUGUACUACUGAAUUAGGAGCUUUCUCAGCUCUAAAGCCAGAAUUUGACAGUAGAAAUGUUAAGCUGAUUGGACUGUCUGCUGAGCCAGUUGCUAAGCACAAGGAAUGGAUCAAAGACAUUGAAGAGGUUGCUACGGGCGGAAAAGAGUUCCAGUUCCCAAUUAUUGGUGACGAAUCGAGAGAGGUCUCCUAUUUGUACGAUAUGGUCGAUGAAGAAGGUUUCAAGAACCUGUCUGGUGGAUUAGUGCUUACCAUCAGGUCAGUUUACAUCAUACACCCCUCUAAGAAAGUGAGAUUGAUCAUGACUUACCCAGCUUCCACCGGUAGAAACUCCGCAGAAGUUCUCAGAGUCAUUGAUGCUUUGCAAUUGGCUGAUAAACGUGGAGUUGCUACUCCAAUUGACUGGACUGAGGGUCAAGAUGUCAUCAUUCCACCUACUGUAUCCAACGAGGAUGCCAAAAAGAAGUUCGGAGACUUCAAGGAGGUCAAGCCCUACUUGAGAUACACAUCCCUUAAAUAG